AGUGGUCCGGGGGCCAUUAAACGCGUUAUAUGUGUCUUGCAAUUUGAUCCCGCAACGCGCGCUGCAACGAUCGCAGACUAAUUUACGCGAAUUCCUGACCGUCCGGCUCUCUGCAGGUGGGCCUACAUCGGCUUCUACUUUCCUCCUGUCGAUACUCUUUCUGGUGUCGUCAUCCAGAGAGUUCAAUAGCUGCCUCUUGUUACCCUCUGUCUUGAGACUUCACUUCCAGACGAAGCUUUCGUUCUUAUACCUGCAAGAGAAUACCUGGGACACCAGGUACGUCUACCUUGAGACAACAUAACUUCCACGACACCUUUUUGGGGUAGAUGAUUGGGCAUUGCUGAACGAGUGGGUGAUGCAGGGUGUGAUGCCAGCUAAGACAAAGUCUCGUGUCCCAGAGAGCAUGGGUGUUGCAGGAGGAUUGGUGGAUGCACAAGCCAAGCAAGUGUUGCGUGAAGCAGUAGAUGCUGUGGUGAACAGUUUUGCCAAGCACACGCAAGGCUAUGGGAGAGUGAAUGUGGUGGAGGCACUGCAGGAGUUCUGGCAAAUGAAGCAGAGUCGAGGUACAGAACUGCGAAAUGGAGCACUUGUCAUCUAUGAAUCUGUACCUGGUGCGAGUCCUCCAUACGUAUGCUAUGUGACACUACCUGGAGGUUCUUGCUUUGGUAGUUUCCAAAACUGUCCCACGAAAGCAGAAGCACGUCGAUCAGCAGCAAAAAUUGCCCUGAUGAACUCAGUGUUCAAUGAACAUCCAUCCCGGAGAAUAACAGACGACUUCAUCGAGAAGGCUGUAGCUGAAGCUAGGGCCAGUUUUGCCAAGCCGUCCUCAACGCCUAACGGAGUCGGCAGUCAGGGAAGUGGCGACGAGAAAGAAGAUCCAAACACAGGUAUCGGUGCCUUCCGGUUCAUGCUGGAGUGUAACCGCGGCAGGACGAUGUUAGAGUUUCAGGAACUGAUGACGGUCUUCCAACUCCUCCACUGGAACGGUUCCCUGAAAGCAAUGCGAGAACGACAAUGCAGCAGACAAGAAGUUGUAGCACAUUACAGUCACCGUGCUCUGGAUGACGACAUGCGCAGUCAAAUGGCCCUAGACUGGGUAGCCAGGGAGCACGAGAGCGGCGGUGGCGUCGUCGCCAUGGAGUUAGCCCUGGCCGAGAGAGAAUUAGAAACCGCUCGCUUAGCAGGUCGCGAACUUAGAUUUCCUAAAGAAAAGAAGGACAUCCUGAUGCUAGCGCAUGCACAAGUGUGUCCUCAAUGAGACCGAUCAGAUAUUCCUGUGGUCGUUCCUGAGGUCGAUACCAACUGAAUGAAAAAGAGUUAUUAAAAAAUGGACUAGCUGUAACAGAAGUCCAGGAAGACGACGACGUCCUUGUCGCUAUCGUGAUCUUACUUGCCUUAAUAUUAUUAUCUUUUCGCGGCCAGGGACAGUCGAUAUUGCCGUCCUGGUCAGAGAGCUCUUUGCACUUGGCCUUGUAUUGCGUUUGAUAGAUCGCUAUCAGCUUCCACGCCGCGACGGACACGCUGCCAGUAGGCACGCUUACGAUCGGGAUCGUUAAGCGUGUCUACAUCGGCACUAAAUAUAUCAAAUUUAUUUAUGUACAUAUUAAAUUCUAGUACGGAUGUCCUUGCCUCGCAACAAGUUUCACUCAAUCGUCAAUACGAUAAUGCAAUAUUUAUACAGGACUCCUUCUGCUAAACGCACUCGUGAUAUUUGACAACUGUUAUCUGAUUUAUAUAUUCAAAUUGGAACGACCUGUAUUAUAAAACUAGGGUUACGUUCCAAAAUUUACUGCCAGUACUGUUAGCAAUGCCGUGUCAUUAUUUAUCUAUAUACGUCUGAGAAAGAAUACUUUUGAAGCAUUGGUAGUAAUUUUCGUAACGCGCCCGGAAUGGACGCAUCGCGUUUGUUAGUCGUAUACGUGCUUAUGUUCUGAACUUGUAAGGUUUACUAUAAACAGGAAAAAUAUUUGAAAAAUAUUAUAUACGCAAUAUGUAAUUGUUCAGAAUAAGCACGACCGUAUUAUACUUUGCUUGACUGCAUUUAUACAAGAAAAAUUAGGGUUUAUAACGAUGUUUAUUAAAUAUUAUUUUUUUUUAAUAUUAA